AUGUGGUUGAUGUUGACGUUACUCUUUGCCACUGAGAGAGUUCAUCUCAGUCGAGAUGAUAGGACGGGGCAAGCUUCUUUCGCGACUGCAUUGUGUGCGGCUGAGAUAUUCUCGAGGGAACUCUUCGAGACGGGAGAAGGAAAUCCGUGGAGCGUACUUGACGGGGAUGACACAUGGGUAUCUCUGUCGCCGCGGGGAUCAAGAAGGGCUCAGAGAGAGAAGAACGAUCCAGAACAGGACCUGCGUUGUCCAAGUGCAAGCCCGGCGGAAAUACGUGGGACCAAUUCAUAUAUCAGCGGAAGCAACGGUAAGAACAGAAAUGCGGAUAGCACAAGGCACGCGAACGAUGGAAGUAGAUGUGUAUACACACAAAGUAAGGCGGACCAACAGAAACAAGGCAGACGCACUGCGACUGCAGAUUUCGAGCGCAAGCGGCGAGGCGAGGCGAAUGAAAGGCUUAAACAUGACUAUAGCGACAACGAAGGUAGGAUAAUUUUCGAACGCGAAAGGGCCGAAGAACGCGAAGAGCGAAAUGAGGUGACAGAGAACGCAAACGCAAGGAAGAGUAGAGUUCUAAUGAAUGUGGACAGCUGA